AAGACUAAACCGGAAGUGACGCCAUCCCGGCCUCCACCUGCGACAUGUCAACAUAGAGGCUGGGGGCUGCACGGCCUACUGUCUUGCCAGGAAGUUGAAGUUGGAGGCGACUUAUUAAGUACUGCAGGUCUCCUGCUUUAUUUCGCUUUUGUUACGCUGCACUUCCAGUAGCCCCUGCUGUGCGUAUGCCCCUCCCAACUUCAUGGUUAAACCGCUACAGGGACUAGGGACUCGCCAUGGCCUGUGCAGAGGAUCAGAGCGAGAAGCACUGCUGGGUGUGCUUUGCCACUGAGCGGGAGGACCGGGGUGCAGAGUGGGUGAGCCCAUGUCGCUGCCGGGGCUGCACCAAGUGGAUCCACCAGGCUUGCUUGCAGCGGUGGCUGGAUGAGAAGCAAAAGGGCAACGGCACCGGGGCAGUCAGCUGCCCGCAGUGCGGCACUGAAUACCGCAUCGUGUUUCCCAAAAUGGGGCCCCUUGUGUGUUUCCUCCAGCAGGUGGACCGAACCCUGUCCAGAGCCAGCCCAUUCGCAGCAGCUGGAGUGGUAGUGGGCACCGUCUACUGGUCAGCAGUGACAUAUGGCGCCGUCACAGUCAUGCAGGUGGUUGGACACAAGAAGGGGUUGGAUGUUAUGGAGCGGGCCGAUCCCCUGUUCCUGCUCAUGGGCCUGCCCACUAUACCAGUCAUAUUGGUCCUGGGAAAGAUGAUCCGCUGGGAGGACUACGUGGUCCGGCUGUGGCAGAAGCACUCCACCAAGCUGCAGCUUCUCCUCCCUGGGUUCGGGCGGCCAUUGCCACGUGUGCCAGCCGACGCAGGCUACAGCAGCGACCACCUGUCUGUGUCACGCACGCUGUGUGGUGCCUUGGUCUUUCCCACUAUCGCUAACCUGGUCGGCCGCCUUGUGUUCAGAAGGAUUCCUUCAAGCCUGCAGCGCACAGUUCUGGGAGGGAUCGCCUUUGUGAUCAUCAAGGGUAUCCUGAAGGUGUACUUCAAACAGCAGCAGUACCUCAUCCAAGCCAACAGACACAUCCUCAACUACCCGGAGAGGGAUGGCUCAGACGGGCAGCCCCAUGAGGACAAUGAUGACAGCAGCAAUGAGUAAAAGCAAAAGCACCCCCUACUGUCCCUGUAAAGAAUGAUCUGGCCUUUUUCUCCUUACAGCUGUGUAAAUGCACACUAAUUCUGUACAUUUAAUGAAUGUUUAUGAAUGUUUUGGGGUUUUUUUUUUUUUUAAAGUGUAAAGCCUUUAUUGUUUUAGUGAAAAGGUUUAUUAAAAUUGUGAUUGUUUAGCCCUUGUGUCUUGGUUUUGUGAUACCUCUUCAUGGAUCAACAUUUUGCUCAGCAGUUGUUGUGUCCAGAUUGAUGCGCAAGUAAGAGCCGCGUCAGCCAGCAUCUGUGGAGCUGUUGGGGUUAGAAGCUUUGCUCACUCUGCCAGCCACAGGAACUCAAGCAGUAACUUUCCAGUCAUGCGCACAGAGUCCUGACUUACAGAGCCUCUUACUGCCAGAGGCGUUGGGACAGACAUGCUAUGGAUGUCAUUCUUGUAGGUCUUGUCUGUAAUUUCCUUAGCUCUUCUGCAGGAAUAUGGAAUUAUGUUAUGAAAUAUCAUUUCUAACUGCAGUAUUAGUAGUGAUGCAUUAAUGGUUUUAUUAAUAAGUUGAUGUAGACGCCUUCAUUUAGAUUAAUCUUAAAUCAAAGUGGUAAUGGGUUAGAGUUGUUUUCGAGACACCUGGACUAUUUAUGAAUUGCUUUUUAUGAGUGGAAUACUGUGGUUCACAAUAUGCUGAUCAAAAGGGUGUUGGACAUGGAUGAGGUUGUUAAAUAUGUUGUACAUUUGAUGCAGUAUUGAUUUUUGCCAAUAGAUGUCAUUACAUCUUGGAUUGGAGACAAGGUCUCAGAGGGCAAGGGUGCUGGGUUUAACAUAUGCAGUUCUUAACCCAGCCAUGUAAUGUGUAAUUCAUUCUCUGACAUAACUAUUUGUGGCACACUCAUAACUCUUGCUCAGCCUGGGUUGUGUUAGCCAAGCCUGCGGUUUAUAAAUUAAUUAGAUUGAAGCAUGUAUGCAUAAAGGUAGAUAAUAUGAUACUCUUAAUAUUUAGGUUUUUUUUUCAGAGGAUUUAUUUAGCAUUUGGAGAACUGAGGCAAGAAGUAGCUUUGAACAAGCAGAGAUGUUAUUUUAUUUGAGCGGGCAUUUAACAAAACAAACACCAGCCAUCCCCACAUAGGUGACCACAGUCUGACAUAUAAUGGACAGGAAUGAGGUUGCUGUUUGCUUUUUUUUGCACCCAUUGAUUUCAGCAAAUUAAUAUAUGAGUAAUGAUGCCGCAUGGGUAAUGCUCCAAAUCUCAGUUAAAAAACAAAGGAUUGUGUUAUCUGGACGUCCCCAUUGUUGCAUUAACUCCGUUUCUACGAUAUUAUCCCCUAUAUGUAUUUGUUAAUAUCCCCACUCUGUGGAUCUGUAUGCCUGAUAAUCUUGUUUUUAAGUAAGGAAUACUUUAACCCUGACCUAACCUCAAUGUGGUCUUUUGUGUGGCUGUUGUGGUGUAAAGAGGGCAUCGGUGGUGUAAGACAAUGCAUAAGAUAAAAAAGCCAUUGCCCUUUCACUAGCUUGUCAAGUAAAUAACGGGUCAGUGGUAAGACACAAUCAAAAGGUUUGCUCUGUCUGUUUGCAAUCGCAGAAAGCAGGGAAAUGAAUUUCUGUUUGAAAGGGCCAGAACCUUUGUGGCCUUUUUGCACUUUUAUGUUAAAGUGUUGCGAUGGGCUGGCCCCCCGUCCUGGGUUGUUCCCUGCCUCGUGCCCAUUGCUUCCGGGAUAAGCUCCGGACCCCCCGCAACCCAGUAGGAUAGGCAGUUUGGAAAAUGGAUGGAUGUGUUUCAUGUGUUUGUUCAUCUAAUCCAGCAUAAAUCCAAUUUUGGAAAGGAAGGGUAAUGGACAGAGGUAAUGCUGGCUCCGCCCAGAGCAGCGAUGAAGGAGGGUUCUUCAGGGUUUCGGGAUACGUCCUGAUGGCUGUACUGCCAAGGGCCCAUAACAAGCAGGCCAGGCAGACAAUGUUGCAUUGUACCAAAAGCGGCACCUCGAUGUCUUCCAACGCUACACAAGCCAGGUGGAGAAGCUGUCUCCUUGCUGCCAGGAUAACAACCAGGCCAGGAAGGAGCGGCAGAGAAUGUACGCAGCCCUCCAGAUUUUCAGGACUCUGGUGGAGAGAGCAGCUACCUCAGAGUACACAUCUGACAUGGACAACCCACACGUCCACAUUUGUGUAGAAAGCUAGACCGUAUCUCCUGAAGCAGCUGAGGAACUUCAAAAUCACCUCAGUCUUGCAGAAGACCUUCUACGGCACUACCAUGGCAUCGGUGCUUUCUUGCAGUGUCCCUGCCUGGUACGGCAGCUGCAGCUCCGAGGACCACAGAUCCCACAGACGGUGAUGCGGUGCACAGACUGAAUCACCAGGACAAAACCUUCCACCCUGUUGGACAUCUAUAUCCACAUUCUGGGUCAAGAGCAUUAAGCAUCAUCAGCGAUACUCUCCACCCAUAUCAUAAACUGCUCUAGUCACUGUGCUGAGGUAGGCGCCUUCAGAGCCUCACUGAGAGGCUGAGGAGAAGCUUCUACCCCCUGGACAUUAGGAUCAUUAACAACACCAAGUAAUAUAAGUUGUAAAUGCAGCCUGCACUUAUAUAGUUAUUUUCAAAUAUUUUCUUAUAACCUAUAUCCUUCUACCUUGUUAACUGGAGUCUGUAGCUGCUGGUGUACCUCAGUUCAUUCAUGUGACAAAAAUCUUGAAUCUUCAAGAGCUCCCCAUUGUCUGGGGGUGUCUCACUUGGACACCAGCAUUCCAUUUAGAAUCACGAGUAUCAUUUAAGGGGAGGUGGCGUGAGACUGAGCAGGUUGGGAGGCAGUUCAAAUCCCAGCAUCAGCAGAAUGAUUUCACCAUUGGCUUCCUGAGCAAAGCCCUCAAUCUCCAAUUGUGUCUGAUUCAGCAUAUGAAUAGUUCUUAUGGAGGGUGAAACGUGACUUAAAAAUAAAUACAUCAACCAAUAAAUACACUGUUGGCAGAAAUAAGCAAAAAACAUGAAAUGAAUACAUGAAAAAGACUUUUUAUGCCAAAGAUUAUUUAUUCAUUUAUUUCUUUCCAGAUUUAUUUAUUAACAACACAGAUACUGUAUAGACACUUGCCAGUUUAUAACGUCGUUAUAAUAAUAGUGUUAAGCGGUGUUAAGUGGUGCGCUUGUAAUUGGACAUCAAUUGGAAACUAGCUGCACUGGAGCCUAGCUGCACUUC